AUGGUAACAUCAUGCCUCAACGACGACACCUUCGGCCCCAUCGUUCGAGGCUGCCGUGAUGACUUCGACUUUACUAUUCGCUUCCAGCGCAUCAUCUUAGCCAUAGUUCCUGCUACCUUCUUCCUGGCGCUGUCUAUUCCGCGCACGAUAUGGCUCUCGCAACAGCCGAGGAUUGUGUCUGGUGUCGCCUUCCAGUACGCCAAGUUGACAGCCAUUACAAUAUUGGCUACUCUGCAAUUCGCGUUGCUGAAUCUUCAGACAGCAGCCCCGGCCUCUAGCCUCGAUGGCUUCGCCAUUGCAUCAACAGCAGUCAACUUCCUUGUUGCGCUGUCUAUGCUUGCCCUGUCCUUCUUUGAGCAUUCCAGAGUCCCGCGCCCAUCGACACUGCUCAUUCUGUACAUUCUGCUGCAGACGCUCUGCGAUGCCGUCCAGGUUCGAACUUCAUGGCUCAUGGCGAGCUCCAUUACGUCCAAGAUGAUUGCUCGUCUCUACACAGCAUCCGUCGGAACGAAGUUCGUCAUCCUCAUUGCCGAGACGAAGAGAAAGACCCGUUGGCUCCGUUGGAAGAUUGAUGAACACAGCCCCGAAGAGACGAGUGAUGUGAUGAGUCUGACUGUAUACCUCUGGCUGAACAAGCUGUUUCGUUAUGGCUACAGUCAUGUUCUGGCCAUCGACGACCUGUAUCCAUUGGACCAGGACAUUGAUUCGGAUCUCCUCCAGCGAAAACUUGAAGCUGUGAUCGAGAGGUCGCGGCCUGGAAAGAAGCUUGGCUUGGCUCGAUCGCUCGCCAGAGCCUUGUUAAUCCCAUACAUCAUGCCCAUCGCACCCCGAAUCGCCUUGAUCGGCUUCAGCUUUAGUCAACCGCUUUUCAUACGCGCCCUCCUGGAAUAUCUGCAGGAACCAAAUGCUCCUCGUAGCACGAGCUACGGCCUCAUCGGUGCCGCGGUGUUGAUCUAUGGUGGCACGGCUUUCGCUCGAGCGCUACAAUGGUACUUCCACAUGAGGGCUCAGCAAAUGGCCCGCGGUUGCUUGUCGGCCGCGAUCUACAAAAAGACAACUGAGGCCAAGCUCGCCAACGCUGGGGAGGCGGCGGCUGUCACACUGAUGAGUACUGAUACGGACCGCGUUAUCCAAGGCUUCCAUCAGCUUCACGACUUUUGGGCCAGUCCUAUUGAGGUUGCAAUUGGAUGCUGGUUCUUACAGCGGGAGCUUGGCACGUCAUUCAUCGCCCCGAUUGUGCUCAUUGUGUUUUGUGCGAUCGGUACAUUUAUUGUCGGCAGGUUGUCAGGAGACCGACAGGUCAGAUGGAUGAGCCAGAUUCAGAAAAGAGUCGGACUCACGGCUAACGUCAUUUCGAAUAUGAAGAGCCUGAAGAUCAGCGGCAUCACACUGCCGGUUGGUGAUUUUAUCCAGAAGAUGAGAGUGCACGAGAUGGAGAUUGGCAACAGAUCCCGUUGGCUCAUUAUUUGGGCUGUUGUGGCUGCCAUGACGCCGGCAAUCCUGUCACCUGUUGCCGCUCUGGCCUUCACCACUCGCGAGCUCAACACGACGAGCAUGUUUACAUCUAUCGCGUUCUUGAUAUUAUUGACAUCGCCUCUGUCUCAACUCUUCCAGGCUGUGCCGAUGAUGUUCGCCGGUCUGGCAAGCUUGAGUCGCAUCCAAGCAUUCCUCGAGGCUGAUGCACGGGAAGAUGUCAGACGCCACGAAACACACAACAUACUCGGAGGGAAGUCGUUCUCGGAUGAACCAUCUAGCAGCGGUCUUGAAUACAACGAAAAGCCAUUAAGUCCCGACACUGCAACCUCGAUUACCAUCCAGGAUGGAUUCUUCGGCUGGGCUGAAGACCGGAUGAUCCUUAAUCAUGUCAACGUUCGCUUCCCUGUGUCUCAACUUACCCUGGUCGUUGGGCCGACAGCUGCUGGGAAGUCAACCUUGUGCAACGCACUUCUAGGCGAGGUGCCUUUCUCGCGCGGUAACAUCAGGCUGCCCUUCGCUCACGCCGCCAUUGGGUACUGUGAGCAGGCUCCGUUCUUGUGGAACGGCACGAUCAAAGAGAACAUCAUGGGAUAUUCCAACUUCGACCAGCCUCGGUACGAAGAAGUCAUAGAAGCCUGUAUGCUUCUCCCAGACUUCACAAUACUCCCUCAAGGUGACGAAACCAACAUUGGAAGCAACGGCAUAGCGCUGAGUGGUGGGCAGAAGCAACGUGUCUCACUUGCUCGUGCACUCUACCUCCAUUCCGACCUCAUCCUCUCUGACGAUAUUUUAAGCGGACUCGACAACGAUACCGCCAAUGAGGUUUUUCGUCGUGUGUUCGGUCCUACUGGUAUUCUCCGCCGUCGAAACGCCACUGCGAUUCUGUGCACGCACUCCAUUCGUCAUCUUCCUCAAGCAGAUCACAUCAUAGCCCUCGACGUGGGCGGUGUUAUUGUGGAGGAAGGUUCAUUCAACGAUCUCAUCCGCAAUAAGAAGUAUGUCGCCAACCUUAAUGUUGUGGCGUCCUCGGGUGAAGAUGACACGCAAGAGAGGGGUGCUGCCGCCCCAACUCCCGCUACUCAGGGACCAAAACGUCAAGUUCAGAACGCCGAACGAAGUCGAUCAGAUGACCUUUCGCGACAAACAGGAGACAUGAAGGUUUAUGGCCACUACAUGCGUUCGCUGAGCAAACGGUCCCUGGUGGUACUGGUCGCUUCGGCUGCCAUUCACGCUUUCGCCAACAGUAUGGCGACCGCAUGGCUAAAAUUUUGGUCCGAAGACACUUUCCACAGGCCUACCAGUUUUUAUCUUGGUAUCUUCGGUAUGCUGAAAGCAACACACUCCAUCAUGUCUUUUAUAGUCUGCGUGACUAUCAUUGUAUGGAUCACUACCCAGUCCGGCACGACUCUACACCACCAGGCGAUCAACACAGUUGUUCAUGCGCCAUUGAGCUUCUUCACGACUACUGAUAUGGGCAUAGUCACAAACUUGUUCUCCCAGGACAUGACUCUCAUCGAUGGCGAGCUUCCGCUGGCAUUGCUCAAUACGGUCAUCGAUAUCUUCCAGGUCAUGGGCAUGGCUGCUGUUGUGGGAACCGCAUCACCGUAUCUCGCAAUCAGCUAUCCCAUAUUUGCAGUUGUGCUAUGGGUGAUCCAAAGGUUCUACCUGCGCACAUCGCGACAGCUUCGGCUGCUCGACCUAGAAGCAAAGAGUCCACUUUACACCCAUUACCUUGACACAAUCAAGGGAAUCAGCACAUUUCGAGCUUUCGGCUGGAUGGCCGAUCAUGUGACGCAUAAUCAGCAGUUGCUGAAUACUUCGCAACGACCAUCAUACCUUCUCGCCAUGAUACAGCGAUGGCUCAGUCUCACUAUGGAGAUCCUUGUUGCCAUUGUUGCUAUUAUUAUCGUAUCAUUGGCCACACAGACAGGGGGCAAUUCGGGGUUCACAGGUGCAUCUCUGGUGACGUUGAUGUCACUGAGUGAUGUGAUCACCUGGCUCAUCCGCAAUUACACUUUGCUGGAGACCUCAAUUGGCGCAGUCUCGCGAAUCAAGAGCUUUUCGGAAACAGUUGUGUCUGAAAAGCGCGAAAAUGAAGACAUCCAACCUCCCGUGGAGUGGCCUCAAGCUGGCACUAUUGAACUCAGAGAUGUCUCGGCAUCCUACAAUAUCAGUGCCGGUGGUAUUGAGCAGGACAUUUCUUUGCACAACAAUCUUGCCCUAAAGAACGUUACUUUGUCUAUCGAGGCCGGCAGAAAGGUCGCCUUGUGUGGCAGAAGCGGCAGCGGAAAGUCGUCUCUUAUUCUCGUGCUUCUUCGCCUACUCGACCCUUUGCCAUCUCGUUCUCAAAACAUGAAGGUCGACAACAUUCCCUUCCACUCCAUCGAACGGGAUACUCUCCGCCGUCGGAUCAUCGCAGUGCCACAGGAUGCCGUCUUUCUUCCCAGUGGUAGCAGCAUCAAGGACAACCUUGACCCUUUCAACGCCGCAACUGAUCUUGAAUGCCAAGAGGUUCUCGAGACCGUAUUGCUAAGUGCCUUCCUGGCGGAAAUGAGAAACGACGUCCACAAUGGGAUGAGUAUCGACAGCCUCAGUGCGGGUCAAAGACAGCUCUUCAGCCUCGGAAGGGCUAUCUUAAGGCGACGGGUGAAGGACCGGAGCUUGGGAGGACGUCGUGGUGGCAUACUUCUCUUAGAUGAGGUGAGCUCGAAUGUAGACCGAGAAACUGAUCGCAUCAUGCAAGGGAUCAUCAGGGAAGAGUUCAAGGAGUAUACCAUCAUCAUGGUCUCGCAUCGUCUGGACAUGGUCAUGGACUUUUUUGAUGACGUGGUCGUUAUUGAUAAGGGGGAGGUUGUCGAGACGGGCAAUCCGCGGGACCUAGUUACCCUCGAGGGCAGUCGGUUUGGGCAGCUAUGGGCAUUCGAAAGUCGAGGUCGGAACUGA